AUGCUCGUCGGCCGCCUGCCCCCCAGCCGUUGGCUGUCAUCCACCUUUGUCGGCAAAUGCUUCUACGUCCAGAUGACCGGCCGCGACCCGCACGUCGUCAUGCGCGAGAAGCACCUCAUCAGGUGCCACGGUGGGUACAUCAUGCGCCAGCCCUUCCCCGGGUGGGGCGCGCCUGCCGACUUCUUCAUCAUCGAGCGCCCCCCCGCCGUGCCGAAGAAGCGCCGUCACUACCUGCACUACGUGGACGAGAACAUGACUCUUGAGGAGACCACCGAGGGCGGUCUCGACCACCUGAUGCUGACCGCUGCCAUGGCCCGCCCACGCAACCGGCCCCUCUUCUUCCGCUCGUCGUGGCUCCGCAAGUGUAUCCGUAAGCGCAAGUGUGACACGUCUGCGCAGACGAUCGACGCCUUUGGCGCGAGCCUCGUGUCUGUUCCCAAGUCGUUGUUCGGCAGUGUCGGCGGCCCCACUUUCCACUACCGAGGUCAAGACCGCCCCUUCAAGAUCUUCCUCGAUGACACGUGCGCCCGCUUCUCUAGGAUGGUCGAAGAACGCGGUGGCGAGAUUACAGCUUUCGAGGACGCCGAGAUCCUUGUCUUCCCCGAGCCCGCUUGGGAGGAGCUGUCGCUCCAGCAGCAGCGCCUCAUCGCUCGUCGUCCGGCCGGCACCGAGGUUGUGCGCAAGGAGUGGGUGAUCGACUGCCUUGACAAGGGCUGGUGUCCGACGGCAUGGUACCCUAUCUUUGGGCUGGAUGGGGAGGACGACGAGGACGAGGAUGCCGUAAUGGUCAAGAAGGAGGAGAAGGAGGACGACGAGGACGAGCAGGAGUAA